AUGCAACACCAAACACGCCGUGCCAGGACUGUCAAUGUAUGAAAUGGAAAGAUCCCAAGGCGGACAGUAAUGAAGGACACCACCUAGGAAGGAGGUGUACAAGGUGUAAGGAUAGUGGUAGUAAGCAGCUGACGUGUAGUUGUAAAAGUGGCAGCUGUACUGCAGAGACAUGUCAAUGCGCUUUAGCAGGCAAAUGUUGCAAGUGUUGUUGUAAAGAUUGUACUGGGAAGUGUAAUGAAAAGGCAAAGUGUAGUUGUGUGGAUGAAGACAAAGACAAGGGCACGAAUAAUGGUGGCCAUCGUAUAUACAAAGAUACUUAUCAGUCAGCAUAUGGAGAAAUGUCGUUUCCAUAUAUAGGGGAUGACGGAUAUUAUCUUAUCAAAUCCGUAUGGACAGAUCUACAGGAGAGGGGUGGUAGUAAGACCCCCUCCCACCGCCGUCACCAAUGUGCCCGUAUCCUACUAGGGUCAGUAUGUCUCAUUUGGAGUGGCAUUACUUAUAUGCAUUGGACAGGGAAGUACGCCCCGGGUAGUCCAUAUUGGAACAAUCACAUCAUAGAUGGCACUGGUCUAGAUGAUGGAACACUAUCACAGUGGUUACAGGCCCUAGGGUUCCCUAGGGAAAUGUUGAAUGACGCUGGUCCACAGAAUAGACUAGAUAAGGUUAUAUGGGAUGGGCUUAGGGAUAUAUUUUUCUUGGGAUUCCUGGCGCCUGGUGGCCUUGGUCAUGAUGUGAAGGACGAGAAUGGUAAUACCGCCAGAAGUCCUUUUGGUAUGAAUUAUGCUGGAUUUGUACACACCAUACAUAGGGAUUCAUUUAACACUGAUCAGGCUACUGUGUUCACGAAUGGCAAUGCCUCUCGUACUACUGGCCAAAUCAGUGAUACUAACCAGCACAAAAACGGUGCCUUCUUCAAGCUCUACAUUCUAUCGUGUGCCUAUUUUACUGGGUUACAGAAAAGGAAUAGUGAGAGUACUCCAAGGACUCCUAGGACAAUCCGUGAAAUCUUAUACUGGCUAAGUGCAUUGCCCUAUAGUCAGGCAUACCCAAAGAUACUGACACAUUCCAAAGGAGUGUUGGAAAAGGUAGCACCCGACGUUAAAGGCACUAAAACGCUCUCAUUUAAUCAAAUAGGCCUUAAACAUCCCAUUACAGUUGAUGAAUAUAACCUGUUUGCCCACUUCCAAGCAGUGACUCAGUAUUGCCCACUGGUGCUCAUAGGUAUCCAGGGUGGAAUACACAGUACUAAAGACACUAAAGAACCUGCCAUUCACUCCUUAUACUCCAACACGGAGUGUAAAUUCACCUACCCAGCAGUACCCAUCCAAGCAUACAACCAGGUGGUACACUACAUUAGGGGGCUGUUCUACCAGUUGUACUUCCUAAGGAAGCAGUGUGCCGUGAAGGUCACUUGUGGAGGUAAAUGGCGUGAGUGUAGGUAUGGCCAGGGGGUAGAGUCAAAGGGGGUAAUUAGCUGGAUGUGCCUGGGGUGUAACCCCAUGGAGCAUGAUAGAAAGGGGAGGGUAGAGAAGGUAAAGGAUGGGUUAGAUGGGGUCGUCGAAAAUAUGAACGCGUCAGAAUGGAGAAAGGGAAAUGAGACAAAGAGAGAUGAGAAACUUAAAGGAGCUAAGGAAUUGAUAACUCUAUUGGAAGCUAUUGGUCAGGUAGUGGUUCAAUUGGGUAAUGCCCAGGAGGCAUUGGAAGGGAAGGAUAAGGAUGCUGUACUGGGGGUGAAGAAGGCUCUAGAGGGCGCUAAGGAUGCACUAGGGGUGGCUAAGACGGCACUAGAGGAGGCGGUGAAGAAGGGUGGGCUGGAUGCUGAACUAAAGGAGGCUAAGACGAAACUAGAGGCACUGACGAAGAGUAGUGGAUCACUACAUAAACUAGCGAAUGGUAGUAGUUAUCAUUCAUUACACUAAGCAGCAAAUAGAUAACGACAACCAUUAUACAGAUGUACAU